AUGUCUGGUCACGGAUCCGCGCCUCUCCUACCUCAGCAUUUUCAGCCUCCGUCGCCACUUGAGCAUGGAGAAGAACUUCACAAGACCGCCCUGGCUAUAGGCGCUGAAGGCAAAGGUCUUUUGGCCGCAGACGAGUCCACAGGCAGUAUCAAGAAGCGGCUGGAAAAAGUAGGCAAGGAGAACACCGAAGAUAAUCGCCGUGAGUGGCGAGAUGCCAUGUUCACGGCCGAUGGCUCGUUUGAGAACUACAUUUCCGGUAUAAUCACAUUUGAAGAGACCCUUAUGAAACACGACGCCCAACUGGAUUCCAAAUACAAGGGAAAAUCUUUCGUAAGCAUCAUCAAGGAGCGUGGCAUCAUCCCGGGAAUAAAAGUCGACAAGGGCACUGUGGCAUUGCCGCGGACAUCACCAGAGGAAACAACAACCCAGGGAUUGGACGGUUUGCUCGAUAGAUGCAAGCAAUACUAUGAGAGAGGUGCUCGCUUCAGUAAAUGGCGCUGUACCUACAUCGUCUCCCCUUCUACGCCGUCACCUCUUGCUAUAAUGGACAACGCCGAGGUGCUGGCAAGAUAUGCUGCCAUCUCGCAACAAGCUGGCCUGGUCCCAAUUGUCGAACCUGAGGUGUUGAUGACACACGAUCAGCCGCUGGAGCGCUCGGUGGAGGCUCAUAUCGCUGCCUAUUCUGCAAUAUUUGAGCGGCUGUCAUUGCACAAAGUCGAUUUCGCUGGGCUGGUCCUGAAGGCUUCAAUGGUUGUCCCAGGAGAUAAGUCUGGACAAAAUGCAACUCCUGAACAGGUCGCAGAGGCCACUGUACAUGUGCUGAGCAAAACAGUGCCACCGCUUGUGCCAACCAUUGUCUUCCUUUCUGGGGGCCUCAGCGACUCUGACUCGAUCUCGUUCCUCAACGCCAUCAAUAAAAAGAAACAGUCAAAUCCAAAUGCUGCGCCCUGGGCCUUGACAUUCUCUUUCGGUCGCGCGUUGCAAGGCGUCGCUAUGCAAGCUUGGGCGGACGGAAAGUUGAAAGAAAGUCAAUCCAAGUGGGUCGAUCGAGCAAAGUGGUCUGGACAGGCUGCUGCUGGUAGAUACGAGGGAGGUUGUCCUUCAUAA